AUGAAAAGUAAAUAUGACUCCUCUUUGUUCCUUCACAAGAGUUAUGCUGGUUUUGUUCUACUUCUUGUUUAUAUAGAUGACAUUAUUAUCACUAGCACUAAUACAUCAACGAUCCUCAAUCUCCAACAAUCUCUUCAAACUUCUUUUAAUAUGAAGGAUUUUGGUCCACUUACAUAUUUCUUAGGGCUAGAAGUUCACUAUGAUUGUUCUGGGAUAUUUUUGCAUCAACACAACUAUACUACAGAUUUGAUUACUUCAGCAGGCCUUCAAGAUUCAUCCCCAGUUGAUACUCCUUUGGAAUUAAACGUCAAGUAUCAUAGUCAAGAUAGAGAUCUUCUUCUGAUCCAUCUCUUUAUCGUACGUAUUAUUGCUUACAGUGAUGCUGAUUGGGCCGGUUGUCCAAACACUCGACGCUCUAUAACUGGUUCGUGUAUGUUUCUUGGCAAUUCUUUGAUAUCUUGGAAAAGUAAGAAACAAGACUGUGUUUCAAAAUCUUCUACUGAGUCCGAAUAUUGGGCUAUGUCCGCUGCUUGCUCAGAGAUUGUUUGGUUAUGUGGGUUACUUGCUAAAAUUGGAUUUCCUCAGCCUCAUUCUACUCCUCUGCAUGCUGACAACACUAGUGCCAUUCAAAUUGCUACAAAUCCAGUUUUUAUGAACAUAGUAAACAUAUCGAAGUCGACUGUCAUUCUAUUUGAGAGGUUGUAG